UCUCAUCAUCCCCUUUUCUUUAAUACUCCCCUCCUCACCUAUAACUCUAUAUUUUCUCUCCUCCUCCGCCGUGGAAUUCUGGUUAUGUUCGCCGCCAAAGGUAAUCAAGCCGCCGCAACUAAACGCUUAAAUAUAGCAUUAUAAUGCCGUCGCCGAAGAGUCACCGGAAGGGAGGCCAUGAGAAGAACAAGAAGGGGCGCUUGUCGGAGAAGGCGUCGUCGUUUCACGGGAGGGAUGCCGGAGGUAUGGCCGACAUGCUUCCGCGGCCGAGGACGGUGCCGGACUUACUGGCCGGCAGGAGAGGCGGCGGGAUUCCGGCGGCGGCGCCGGCACGGGCGAAGCUGACGAAGUUGCUUGUGAACGUGACGAUACAGAGGAGCCCUGGCCCGGUCCACGUCUUGAUGGCGCCGGAGGCCACCGUGCAUGACCUGAUCACGGCGGCGCUCCGCCAGUAUGUAAGUGAGGCGCGGCGGCCGGUGCUUCCGUCUACCGCUUGCUCCGCCUUCGAUCUCCAUUACUCUCAGUUCAGCUUAGAAAGUUUGGAUAGGGAGGUGAAGAUAGUGGAGUUGGGUUCAAGAAACUUCUUCCUCUGUCCGAGGCAGAUUGCGGCGGAGAGCGGCGGCGGCGGCGCAUCCAGCUGCUCAAAGGAGGCUGAGGAAAGCAACACAAAGAAAGGGUUACCGUGGCUUAAAUUCAUGGAUUUUUUACUGUAAUUCAAGGCUGCCUAAUUACAGCCACGAUUACUUUUGCGGCUAAUUCUUUUAAAAUGUGGAGUUAGGUUUGCAAAAGGAGUAAAUAUUGUGAUAUCAUAGAAUAUGCGUUUUUAGAUAUCUAUAGAGUUUAGUUUAGCUAUGUAAGUAAGAUUCAAGGAUGGGAUUGCUCUUUCUGUUUUACAGAUUAUGUUUUAGUUUGUCCAAAAAAACAGAAAAAGUGUAUAUAUUAAAUUUGAUUUAAAAUUAUUUUACAACA